AUAUGCUGCCAAAGUCUUUCCUUGGUCCCAGACCAGUUGUGUUCCUGCAGCAUGGCUUGCUGGCAGAUUCCAGUAACUGGGUCACAAACCUGCCAGACAGCAGCCUGGGCUUCAUUCUCGCAGAUGCUGGUUUUGACGUGUGGAUGGGGAACAGCAGGGGAAAUACUUGGUCUCGGAAACACAAAACUCUUUCAGUUUCUCAGAAUGAAUUCUGGGCCUUCAGUUUUGAUGAGAUGGCAAAUUAUGACCUACCAGCUUCUAUUAACUUCAUUCUGAAUAAAACUGGCCAAGAACAAGUGUAUUAUGUGGGUCAUUCUCAAGGCACCACGAUAGGUUUUAUAGCAUUUUCACGGAUCCCUGAGCUGGCCAAAAAGAUUAAAAUGUUUUUUGCCCUGGCUCCUGUGACUUCAGUCAAGUUCUGUACUAGCCCCAUAGUUAAAUUAGGACAAUUACCAGAUGCUCUCCUUAAGGACUUAUUUGGGGUCAAACAGUUUCUUCCCCAGAGUAAGCUUUUGAAGUGGCUCAGUAUACAUGUUUGCACUCAUGUCAUUCUGAAGGAGCUCUGUGGAAAUAUCUUUUUCAUUCUGUGUGGAUUUAAUGAGAGAAAUUUAAAUAUGUCUAGAGUGGCUGUGUAUACAACACACUCUCCUGCUGGAACUUCUGGGCAAAACAUGAUACACUGGGCCCAGGUUGUUAGAUUCCACAACUUUCAAGCCUUUGACUGGGGAAGCAGUGCCAAGAAUUAUUUUCAUUACAACCAGAGUUCCCCUCCCACUUACAACGUGAAAGACAUGUGCGUGCCGACUGCCGUCUGGAGCGGGGGCCAGGAUCGUCUCGCGGACGUCAAGGACAUCAGUGUCCUACUGACCCAGAUCACCAACUUGGUGUAUCACAAGUACAUUCCUGAAUGGGAGCAUCUCGACUUUAUCUGGGGUUUGGAUGCUCCAUGGCGGCUCUAUAAUGAAAUGGUGAAUCUCAUGAGGAAAUACCAGUGAAAGCCAGGCUGGAGAAAUUUACCAUCAAGUCAAUGAUCAAGUUAAUUUCUCUAAAAUAC